AUAUGUUGUACACCGGUGACUGCGACAGCACAAUUUAUCACACCGGAGAUAAGCCCGGUUCUAGGGCUGACAAUACCAUUUCGGGCAGAGACGAACGGCGGCAGUGGUCAUGAUAAACUCUCCGACGGUGGUGCGGACCAUAAAAAACAUUAUGGAAAGUCAGCAAGCGGCUCCUAAGAAGGUUUAUCACUACAACCACACUGAUUCCUGCAAAUUCUCCAGAUGGACUUCCAAGGAAUGUUACCAGUUCAUGUCUGCUAGGCCAUGGCAAAAAAUUGUUGAUUUUUAUACAGAAAUGGUGAAAGGCCAGUCAAAUUUGGCAGGAUUGUUUCAAAAAGAGGUUCCACCACUGUCGCAUCCUAUUCAAGAUGAUGCCGAAGCUAUAGAAGAUUUUGUGAAAUCGGAGUUAGGUAGUUUUCCAGUUGAAGAUAGGACAGGGAGAUGGGCAAGAGUGACGUUUAAGAUAGUCCUAUCAUAUCAUGGGGCCUCCUUUGGUGGCUGGCAGAAGCAGCCUGGUCUGACUACAGUUCAGGAGUUGGUCGAAAGAGCUCUUGGACAAUUUGUUGAUGAGAAAAAAGCUCAACAACUAAAGGAUAAGAACUUACCAUUAGAAGGUUGUGCUGUAGUUGCUGGGCGCACUGAUAAGGGUGUUUCAGCUUCUCAACAAGUCUGUUCUUUCUAUACUUGGAGAAAGGAUGUCAAGGUUCAAGAUAUUGCAGAUGCUAUAAAUAGCAUAGCACCAGGGAAGAUAAGGGUAGUUUCUGUAACUAAGGUUUCGCGUGAAUUCCAUCCUAACUUUUCUGCCAAAUGGAGGCGAUACUUGUACAUCUUCCCUUUAGAGCAAGAGGACUGCCAACAUAGGAAGGAUGUUACAGAUAAAUAUUGUUCUAAUGUUCAUCAACCGAAUCAAUGUGCUGACAAUGAUGAAUGUGUAGUUGGUAAUGCCGAGGGUGAAGUGGUUCCUGGCAACAAACCUACUAGGUUUGAAGUAAGCAAGGUUAACCACUUACUGCGCCAAUUAGAAGGAAAGCUUUUAUCCUACAAAAUGUUUGCACGAGAUACUAAACCCUCAAGGAACAUUGGUCCACCAACAGAGUGCUUUGUCUUCCAUGCCCGAGCUAUUGAGGUCUCAUUACCAUGUGCAAAGGAUGGGAGUCAUACGAAGACAAUGUGCAUUGAGUUGGUUGCUAACCGGUUUUUGCGCAAGAUGGUUCGAGUUCUUGUUGCAACAGCAAUCAGGGAAGCAGUUGCCGGUGCAGAUGAAGAUGCAUUACUGAAGCUGAUGGAUGCCACUUGCAGGCGCGCCACUGCUCCACCUGCACCACCAGACGGCCUGUGUCUUGUUGAUGUUGGAUAUGGGGAGUUUGAUCAUAACAGCUGUCUGAUCCCCUGAGAUCAUUGACACAAAGGAUGAGGCAAAGAAGUAACAGCAUCAUAUUGGAACAGAAAUUGCAGUGUAAUGGGAAGUGAGCAAAAGCAAAGAGAGUCCCAUUCCAGUUGUGCUAGGAUGAUUUGAACAUUGGACCAUUUUCAUCACUGUCUCUCUUCCCUGUGCCGGUAAGCGGUAACAUAGGAGUUUUUCUUAGAAUUUCUACAAAUUGUUGUUGAUUUAUUGUUUCUAGUAACCAUUAGUGGGGACUUGAAAGUUGGAAAGUUGUCUGAAUUAUUUUAGGAGUUGAGUUGGUUCUUGAAACAUUUUAAUAGAUAAUACAAUGGAUUUUGUACCAUCUCCUUGCUGAUUACAUACUACCAUUAUUGUCA